AGGGAGCUGAGUGAACGGAGCAACAAGUGGGGGGCAGUGAGAGGGCAGGAGUUGGUCGUUACACUUCUCGUUCCUGUACUUCUGGAGAUUUGGAACCCGGAUUGCAUCCGAAGAGAUUAAAUUAAUUAAAUACAUCUCAUCGGGAGGGACAAAAGCAGCGCUAAAUAACCCCAGGAAAAAUGCUAUGAGUUGAUUAUAUCCUUGUGAGAAUGAGAAGGGUGGCAAUGAGUGAGCACAGUUAAAAAGUUGCUGAUCUUAUUUGACGAGGCUCCAUUGAGAUUACUGUGGACUUUGGAAGAGAAACAUCAUCUGACUGGUGAUUUUCCAUUGACUGGGCCUCAAAGGAAUGGCUUUUGGGCAAAAUAUUGAGGAAAUCAUUCCACAGAAGAGUGUAAAAACACUUCAAAAAUAAAACAAUGCAUAUUGGUCAAUUUGAAGCUUUUCACAUCCCAGCUUAUAAGCAGCUUCUGUCAUGAAACUCACACCGAAUCAAGCACCAUUGUAUGGCAAGUCUGUCCUCUCUGUACUCUUGGGAGAGGAGCACACAGUCGACAAGGAUGUUGCCCUUUACCUCAUGUUCUCUGGCUCCAGUCAGCAUCAUUUAACCAGCACACAGAGAGUAGACCAGAACACUUUGCGGACAGUCGCUCCUGCACACAACCGCUGUGAGGUGGUGAAAGUCCUACUGUGUGCCUCCAAGGAAGGCGUUCCCGUUUCUGUGCUGGCAGAAGAGAAUUUCCAGUAUGUGCAAGACGCCACCUACGAUAUGGCACGGUUUCUGGUGAGCAGCGCUGGAUCCCAAGAAGCACUCAAUGCGAUCCGGAUAAUGGAUAACUUCCGCAUGUCAUCUGCCGACGCGACGCUGCUUGAUAAAGACCUGACCUUAAAGGUGCAACAUUUGGUGCUGCCUUCCAAGUGGAACGUCCUGGGGCCAGACACCAAGCUGCAAGCUUCGAUCCCCAGGGAGACACUGUUGCAUUUCACAGCGAGACUGGGUCUGUCCAGGCUGGCCUCGUUCCUCCUGCAGCAGCCGGGCGGACAAGAAGCUCUCAGCAUCACCAACCUUGAUGGGGCCACGCCCAUCAAUCUUGCCGCGCAGAGGGGCUUCCAUGGUCUCCAGGAGCUUUUCGCGCAACAAAACUCCGCUGCAGCUCUGCAGGAGGACGUAACGCCAAUCGUAUCCUCUGAAGACUGCUCUGUGCAAUUUCAACAGCAUCUGGAUGUUUACAUGUACACCAUCAAUAACCCCCAAGGAGCAGAACUCAGCAGCGUGGAACACAACAUCAGCGAGCUGCAGAAAUACAUCCACUCUCACAGGCGUGACAUGGAUGUACCUCCUUCACCAUGCCUUCACUCACAACCAGGGCUUUCGGUAUCUGUUGAGCCUGCUGAGAGUUUAAGAACAGAAGAGAACAAAAAGGAUUGCACGCCUGAAUCCGUCUGCCCAAUUGCACAAGUGCUAACCGAAAUGCCUGUUGAGCAAUCAGAUAAUCUGCCCCCAAGGGACAGCACGUCAACUGAUGCAGAAUUGACCACUAAAUGUCCUGAGGCAGAACUUACCAAUAAUCAAGAAAAUAUUACAGAUUUGGAACUGGAGGGUGAAGCAAUUAGUGGUGAAGCUGUGUCCACUCUCCUCGAUGAAGGAUUCAGGUCACCAGUGGAUUCCAAAAAUGAGCUGGAUAAUAAUACUGUUGUGCAGAGCACAUCUGAAGAUGAAUGUGAUGAGACCUUUCUAAGCUUUGAUGGAGAAUACAAAGAAAUCUUGGGGUCCAGUGAGGAACUGCAUCCCAGCCAAGUGUGCACAUCCAAAAGUGAUGUCCCUGAAGUUGACACGGUGAUUGGAGAUCCUGACGGUGGAGUGGCAGACUUCAAGGAAACUCUUGCUCACACGGAGUUCAAGUCCACUGUCGUUACACUGGAAGAAUCCAAAGAAUGUGUUGAGCUGCCCAGAGCUGAAAGUGGACCAGCUGAGGGAUCUUCUCAGGAGGCGGAUUUUCAAGGUGUACAGCUGAACAAGAAAAGGCCUCCACUCACUGAACUUACUGAGGAAGCCACAGUGGGUUUGGAGUUGGGUAACAAUGGUUCCUGUGCAAACCUCGAGGGUCCAUCGGUGGACACAGGUGAAAUGAGUGCUAGAGCUGGUGAUGAGGUAUGUGUGGAUACAGCAGACCCAGUUCGUGACUCGGACGAUGCGUGUAAAGAAGGACAUCACAGCAGGACUGGUGAGGAUGAGGUUCCACAGAACCUUGAGCUACCUCGCUCUUUAAAUCCCACAGAGGAAUUUGAUCAGAAUGAUACAAUUUUCAAAUUGCCAGCAUUAGAUGAACAAAGUGACACAACUUUGAAGGUGUUACCUUCACAUGAACAGAAUGAAGUGCUAUCGGAAGUGCAAUUCUCACAUGAAGAACAAGGUAUUUCUUCAGCACUGUUAUCUCUCAGUCAUUUAGAAAGUGAACCAGAGCAGAGUGAUGACCAGCUAGGUUGCCCUUGUGAUGAUGAGUGGUCUAAGCAGGUCGAUGCGUUGCUGGAGACUGCUUCUUCGGAUUCCAGUUUGGGGGAGGAGCAGGCAUUGUCAAAAGAAGUCCAAGCAAUGGUGGAUUUAAAGGAAGAUGUCUCUCAAAAUGAUGGCACAGAAGAGCUGUUGUCCAAGAGCAUCUCAGAAGGACCAUCUUGCUUGCCAGUGACUUUGGAUAGCCCAUUUAAUGAAAGUGAUAGUCCCAAUGGAGAUGAAAAGACCUUGCAGUUCAUUCGCAGACCGAGUGAUGCAAUUAUGUAUUCUCCAAAUCAGGAAGUAUUGCUCAGUAUCGUCGAGGAGCCUGCAGAUUAUAUUGUAAACAGUUCUUCAGAUUCUGAGGGUCAGAUUGAAGAACAUGAGAAGUCCUCACCUGAGGAGGAACUGAAGGAGGAUGGCUGGAUGAUAAGCGAUACCAGAUUGAAUAUCAAGAAUGAAGUCAUUUCCCAUGGGGAUGAGACGUCUGAUGCAAUUUUAUCGGAUACAAAAGUUACACAGGAUUCUCCUGACUGGACAUUUAACUCUGUGCUGGACGCAAAUGGAAAUUUGAAAUCUGUUGAUUUAAAAGAAGAACUACAAAAGAAUGAAGUUGAUGGCAUUGAAAAAGUGUCCAAGGAUCUUGCUGAGCUGAUUAACCGAGAGAGCUGGUGCCCCAGUCCCAGUUUGGUCCAAACAAAGGAGAGUCCUGAAACAGCUGAAUGUGGCCCACUGUCUGAUGCACCACUGGCUGUCGAGUGCAGUUCAUCAAUGCCUGUGGCUGGAGAGCCAGUAUGUUUCUCUGAUCAACAGGUCAGCAACAAGACUGCGGAGACAGAAGACCUGCCCACAAAGGUAGAAGAUGAACAGAAUAUCGUGUACAGCAUUGGUGGUGUGACAACAAGCAGUUCGACCAUUGAGGACCCUGAGCCUCCUGAGACCCCCGAAGGGGAGGUGUUCCUGCUGCCCACCACUGCCUUGGAAAUGAAAGAGCCUGACAAGCAGCAAAGCGCCACGGGCACAGAGGAGAUGGGUGGCAGAGGAUCACGCGGGCAACAGGACAGCUGCCCCAUCGUCUGCGAAGCGGAGGAGGAGAAGGACCGUGUUGCUGAAGUGCCCACUCGCGCCCCCACCUUCAGACCGACCAUCAGGUCACUGUCUCCCUUUCGGCGGCACAGCUGGGGUCCUGGGAAAAACACAGGCAGUGAAACCGAGAUCAACCAACGAAGUUACAGCCUAGAAGGUCUGACAGCUGGCAGUGAGGUGACAAAAGAACCACCACGUACCAUGGAGUCUGUUCUUCAGAAUUCCCGGGACCCUCGUCGAGCUCCAGUGGUCUGUACUGAUGACCGUGGAUCGCUUGUCUCGCUGACUGAGGAAGAGAUGGAGUCGGACCACAGCGAGGGCAGCGUAUUUGAUAACCCGAAUUUGGCCAGACCACAGCUGCGUUCUGCUCCUCCAUUAACAAAAUCUAUUUCACUCCAGGCUAUCAGCCCUCCAAGCAUAGACAAUAUAAGAUCAUCCACCAUUAAUUCUCUUGGUCAGAGCAUCUCAGAGGAGGAUAAUAUCCAGUUGCCACAGAGUCCUACAAGAAAAGAUUUGGAAGGAAAAAGCAGCACUAAAGUGUAUCGGACUUUCAGCUACAUUAAAAACAAAAUGUCAAGUGGAAAGCACAAGAACAAGGAGAAAGAGAAAACAAAAGAGAAGGAAGUAAAAGACAAGGACAAGAAAACUACAAAUGGACAUGUCUUUACUGCCAUUUUAGCAUUUGGCUCACCACCGUGUCACCAGUGUAACAAGAACAUUACUACCAGAGAGGCAUACCUCUGUAACAAUUGUAAUGCACAAGUUCACAAGGGUUGCAGGGACAGCUUGGCAGCCUGCAGUAAGAUUAAACAGAAGCAACAAAAAACACUUCAGGCCCAAGAUUCCUCAACGUUACCCAAUUCUGUCACCAUGAGGAAUAAACCACUGCAAGCUAGAGAACGUCCACGGUCAGCCAUAAUUCUACCAGAUGACAACAUAUUGAUGGCUCCUAAUAGAAGAAUGCCCCUGUACCGAUCACUUUCCAAGAGCAUGUCAAUAGCCAAUAUCGCAGGGCCUGCGAUUGACGAAACCUCCCUUGGUUCAUGGAGGGCCUUGUCUCAGUCGACUGACUCUCUGAACCAGAUAAAAACAGCCACGGAGUCGAUGGAGUCGCUGACGGAUGAAGACUCUGCACUUGUGUUCCACGUGCCCACAGGUACGGACGUCAUGGACGGACAGCUGAUGGGUGAGUUCGAGGCAGACGCUAAAGAGCUGGAAGCUGACUCCUGGAGUCUGGUUGUUGACAACAAGUUUGUGAGGCAGCAGAAGAAGGAAGUAAUUAAACGACAGGAUGUUAUCUAUGAGCUGAUGCAGACAGAAAUGCACCACCUCCGCACAUUGAAGAUCAUGUCUGAUGUCUACAGCAAGGGGAUGUCGAAAGAGCUGCAGUUGGAAACCUCGACGGUAGACCGCAUCUUUCCCUGCCUGGAGGAUCUGAUCGACAUCCACACGCAGUUUUUCAGUCGGAUUCUGGAGAGGAAGAAAGAAUCUAUGGUGGAAAACAGUGACCGUAAUUUCAUCAUUAAAAAGAUUGGGGAUAUUUUGGUGAAUCAGUUCUCUGGACCCAGUGCUGAGCGAUUGAAAAAGACCUAUGGAAAAUUCUGUGGGCAGCACAACGACGCGGUGAACUUUUACAAGGAAUUGUUAGCAAGAGAGAAGAAAUUCCAGACAUUUGUGAGGAAAAAAAUGUCUAGUUCCAUAGUUCGAAGAUUAGGGAUCCAGGAAUGUAUAUUACUGGUUACUCAAAGGAUUACUAAGUAUCCCGUGAUUGUCCAGAGGAUUAUCCAUCUUACCAAAGAAAAUGAAGACGAUUACACUGACCUCACCAAAGCACUGGCAAUGAUUAAGGAGGUGAUUGCUGCAGUGGACCACAAGGUAAAUGAGUAUGAGAAGAAAACCAGACUCCAGGAGAUCCAUAGCAGAACCGAGACCAAAGCCAUCAUGAGGCUGAAGAGUGGCCAGAUGUUUGCAAAGGAAGAUCUGAUACGAAGAAAGUUGGUACACGAUGGACCUGUCACGUUGAAAGCAGCAGCAGGAAGGCUAAAGGAAGUCCAGGCUGUGCUGCUGUCCGAUAUGCUUGUGUUUCUUCAAGAGAAGGAUCAGAAGUAUACCUUUGCUUCACUGGACCAGAAGUCGACUGUGAUACCACUGCAAAAACUCAUUGUCCGUGAGGUCGCACACGAGGAGAAGGGGUUAUUUCUCAUUAGUGCCGCGGCACAGGAGCCAGAGAUGUACGAGGUACGAGCGAGCUCCAAAGAGGAGAGGACCAACUGGAUACAGCUCAUUCAGCAAACCGCAGACACCAUGGUACAGGAUGAGGAUGAAGGAAUCCCAAGCGAAUCAGAGGAAGACAGACGGCAGUUGGAGAGCAGAACAAAAGAGCUGAAAGAGAAACUGCAGGAGAGAGACCAGCAAAUUCUCUUGCUGUUGGAAGAGAAAAUGAGGCUCUACCAGGAAAUGGUGGAAGCCAGUGGCCAUGAGGAGGCGUCUCAGAAUCUGGUUACGAGGUCUUUUUUCCGAGCUAACUCAGAAGAUGUCGCCAAAGGAGAGUCCCUGCUCAAGGACGCAUUAAAGGAAGUGGAGAGUCUACAGAGCCUCCUGUCUCUGAGCUUCGGAGGUGCCCUGGGGCAGCCGGCAGCCAGUAUCCCAGAGCAGGAGGGAGCCCUGGGCCACGUCUCCCUGCCUAGGAGGGCAGAGACAUUCGGAGGCUUCGACAGCCAUCAGAUGAGUGUGGUGAAAGGUGGAGAGAGAGAUGAAAUGGAAGAUGGGCAAGACCUUCGCAGGACAGAGUCCGACAGUGUUUUGAAGAAGGGGCUGAUGGCCAAUUUGCUGCUGCCUAUCAGAAAAAAUGAGCAAGUGCUUCAGAAGGUUCUAAAUCUACAGCAGCUGUUACUCGGGUUACAGGCAGUCGUGGUGCAGCAGGAUUCAUUCAUCGAGGACCAGAAGCAGGCCCUGAGCGAGCGCCUCUCGCGGCCACACGCCCGCCUCAGCGGCCUGCUGGAGCAGGAGAAGCAGCGGAGCCUGGAGAAGCACCGGCAGGAGAUGGCCGACCUGAAGCGGCAGCAGGCCCAGUUCCAGGAGGAGAGGCGCAGGCGGGAGAAGGAGUGGGAGGGCCGGGAGAGGGACCUGACGGAGCGGGAGGCCUGUCUCUCCCGGCGGGACGACGAAUCGACGAGGUUGCGGGAAGAGAUGGAGCAGCAGCAGCUGGAGCUGCGGCUGAAGAAGGAGGAGUACCAGCAGGACCUGGAGAGGCUGAGGGCCGCCCAGAGGCAGCUGGACAAGGAGCGGGAGCAGCUCAGGAAGAAAGAGGAGCAAUUGAGCCACCAAAGACACGGUGACCUUCUGCACUCAGACUCCCUCAGCUCCCAGGCUUCGGACCGAGAGUCUGCUUCACACACCGACUCUGCGGCCGAGAAUUCACCGAGUUCAAUGAAACACGAUAGCUGCAAUUCAGUAAAGCAGGAAGCUGCGGACGUGCACCUUACAAAGAAGGGAUCGUCAGAGAACAACCCUGCCACCCCCUGGACGGACUCCACGCAGGGCUCCACCAAGAAGCCGUCGAAUCAACCAAGCGGUGCCAACCAGGUGAACAACCCCAUCCCUCCCCGGUUACUGAAGCUGGCCAAGUCGAAGGAGAAGAAGUCUAAACACCGUAAGAACAAAGGGGAGAGGUCAGGGAACCUGCCGUCAGUGUACAGCCCAGAUGUCCUUCCCGCAACAGGCAAUCCGAAGUUCCACGAGGCAAGCUCGGAUCCAAAGCGCCCGGCAGCCGAGCUGCAGGGCAACGAGGAGGUCUUCUACUGUUGAGCUUCUCUGCAGUGGAGAUGUGGUGGAGACUGGUCGGGGUGGGGGAGACAGUGGGAAGAACCGGGGGUGCAGUACCCCGGAACAACUCCUGUGCGGGUAUCUUCAGCUGGUACAAGGAUGGUCUGUGUCCUGGUUGCCCCUCCCUUCCGCUUCCAGUGGCUGAAGGUAUCGCAGAAAGUGCAGGCAGAACCAGUAACUAUGUUUAGUUGGGGCAUCGAUCUCUCUGUUUGCUUAAUAAAAAGAACCAAUUGGGAAAAGGCUGACCUGGGGCAUCAGAAAGCUUGAUUGGAAGGCGUUGGGCAAAGAUUUAAUAUUCCAACCGCUGUUGGAGAUGAAAUCAGCGGGAAAGUUAACUGUUCAUUCCUGUUUCCAUUUUGUUGAGUUCGAAUACAGAAUAUCACAACUGUUACAAACUAAGGCAUUGCUAUGUCAAGGGACAACUUCUUCUGUCCAAAGUACUUCAGUCACUAGGUUUAAGAGCUUAUAGCACAAAUCCUAGGAAUUUAAAUCUGAAUCUAAGUUUUAGACUAUGACACCCAAGUGAGCACUGAUUUAAGUAUGAUGCUCUCUCACAGUAAAGCUUGCAGAAGAUUAAUUCAAAGAGCCUGCGUGAGCAACACCAGCUAUGAUCGUUCAGCCCCUUGUGAAAGAUGUUUCACCACCACAUUCUCUGAUACCCUUUCCUGUCGCAACCUGCAAGGAAUGGCAAUGCCUUUGUCUGGAACAGUUCCAGAAUUAGUUCGGAAUUGCUCAAUGCCAAUUAAACGAUUGAUCAUCCAGAGACCUACUUCCCUACUCGAUGGCCCUUCAGCAUUGGCAGAGGGUAUCUGGUGCUUUUAAACCUACCCCACCAAAGUUACCUGAACGUGACCAGGCAAAAUAGGUCAAACUUCAAGACUAGAGAGAGAGAGAGAUGUUCCAGCUAAAUGGCUUGCUUGUAGAAUAACCUUAAAUGCACCAUCAGAUUAUAAAUGUAAAUAAGAUGGAAAAAAAUUCCCUCCUUAUGAGGGAGAAAAUGAUUCAGAGGUUAGUAUUCUUCCCCUUCCAAAAUGUUAAUAUUUAAAUUUUUAAGGGGAAGAAUCAACUUCAAUUAAUGUAAAAUUAAAUCCUGAAUGUAUAAUGUUUUUAAAAAAGCAAAAAUUGUACAGUUACAAGGGUGAGAAAUGUCCAUAAAGGUUUAUACUUGACUUCCUAUAUGUUUUUUUUAAUCCAUUUUAUUAGAAUGCUGAUUGGGAUAUUUUAAUUACCUUCGUUUGCAUCAUCUCAAUUCUGAAAAUGCACAGCAUCAGUUUUUGUCUGGACUGCUUAUAAUUUGGGGGGUGGGUAGACAUAUUGUACAGUCUGUUGGGUAUUAGUUUUCUCUGGCGCCCGAGUUUGAAUCUAAACUGGGCUGAUAGGGGUCAAAAUAUUGGUCCACUUUUUGGGGUUCUGUAUGGGCAGUGUGCUCCAUCUAAUGCAGAGUAUAAUACUGCCCGGGACUCAGCACUAAUUUGGGAAUCUUACUCAUGGACACUAUUGGCAACUUAUUUGGAGCGAUGAAAGGGGUGCCACUUGGGAAGCUUAGCCAGAAAGCCUUGCUCAUUGCGUAGUAAUACCUGUGCACCCACAUGGGCUUGUGCGGACACUUGUUAGUAUUAGUUCUGUGGAACUGCGUUCUCUGUGCACAUAGGACAACUCACUGUAACCACUGAUCACGGUCACGUUUUCCAAGGCACCUCAUUAAGGGGCACUGGACCAUUUCUGUUGUGCUUGUGUGGGGGUUAAUUUGAACAAAGGAGGGGGGAGGGCAAGGGAGGGGCAACGGGAGAAGAGAAUUUGCACUGCUUAGUUGUAGAGGGACCAGAAUCACCCAAUUUUGCAUUUGGCCUCAUAUCUCUGCCUUACUGGAAGGAAUCUCAGCAAUGGAAAAAGGGAAGGACAUGGCCAGAUCCAAAAUUGCAGCAGAGUAAAAGCCAAGAGGGGUUCCUGAAAAGCCCCGAAUAACUUCUCACGUGGAUUGUUUAAGAAUUGGAUGUACCUUCUGAGAUUUUGUCAAAAGGGAGAAGAAUAGACCUUUCAGCCCCUCAGUGAAAUCUUGAUAAAUUUGUUUCUUGACACCAAUUCGCAGCCUUGGCUCCUUAACCCUUAGAACCAAGGACCAUCAAUGGGUUGCCGUCACCAUGUGGUCAUCCCUCACCACAGGACCAGUUUGAAGGGAUAUCAUCUCCUUAAUAUGGUUUGAUGCCAAGAAGCACUUUAAAGAAAUUUAUUUAAAAAAAAUAUGCAUACACUGUGGGAAGCUUUUUUAUUGCUUUAACCAGAAACAAUUCCAAUGCCAUGAUUUUUUUUUCCUUUGUUAAUUAUUGUGAUUUCCAAAUGCAAAUGUCAGGGAUAUAUUUCAGUUGAGUUUCUUAAUGUGCAAUGCAUUAAAAUUUCAGUUUUGGUUUUGUCUCUGAUCUGAAUGGGAAAGGGAAUGCGUUUUACCAAGCACACAAUCUGUACAUUGAGAGAGUACAACCACUGAACCCAAAUUAAUGGUUUUACCAGAUCCUGUGGUCAAAUUUCCAGUUUAGAAUCUUGAGAGGUGCUGCUAAAGGUUUCAGAAUUUUUUUUUUAAACGUAUAGUUUUUUUUGUCUGUUUUGAUUUGAAUUAUUCAAGUCAGUGUUUUUGGAGGGAGAGAUCCAACUCACAAAUUGAUCCUGCCUUCAGGAUGAAAAAAAAUUGGGUGAAGUCCCAUCUCCCAGACUGCUCCGGAAAUUUCAAUGUGGCAAAGUUGCUCAUGAAUCCAUUCCGAUCAAAUCAGUGUUGUGUUCCACCUCCAGAUAGGAAUUCCAGUGUGUCACUUCUGAUAACCCUUGCUCCCAUUUCAUAUCCUGUAGUAACAAUUUACACUGGGGUACAGUUUCCAUGGAUUCUUCCUUCCCCAAGCCUGGAUUAGUGUGGGAGCAUCCAUCCAAGGAGUGAAUCAUUUGCAGGCAGCAGGAAUCCUGCCUUCUCCUGCCUAAUUUUUCAGCCUAGCCUGCUGAGGCCUUUCUACCUCCAGUCAGUCAGCGCAGAUAAAAAUGUUUUCAUUUUUCCAAGAUCUAAUUCUUUAAAAGUUCAGAGUAACUUUGAACUUUGAGAUAUACAAAAGUCUGAGUUAAUCAACGCCUGGUCCCAUCUACUCAACUGGAUGCAUGGGCGGUGGGGAGGGAGGUGGACUGCACAGUGGCACAGUGUCUCAUGGCUCCAGCAACCCAGGGUUCAGUCUCAGCACAGUCUGCCAUUGGCAUGUUCAACCUGUGACCUAGUUUGCUGGAGUUUCCUCUGGUCCUAAAGAUAUUCGGGUCAGAAAGUAAGUUGACUGCUGUGAAUUGCUCCCCCCCCCCACCCCGUGUGCAGACUGAACGGCAAAUCUGGAGGGAAUUGAUGGGGAGGUGGGAGUUGAUUACAGGGGCAAUAAAUGGUGGGGGGAGGAACAGGUGUGAUUAAAAAAAAUGAAUGUAAAUAUUGCACUUUGUAUAUUUUUAUUCAGCCAGAUGAAAGUUUAGUAGGAAAUGGGGAACAGUUGCAACUGAUUUUUACCCAGCGAAGUCGUGCACAGUGCAUCCAAUUGCUACUGGCAUAAAGACUGUUUGCACAGGUUACCCCCAUUAUAGACAAGUAAAACCACUCAGGCCUGAGGUGGACUACCUGAUAGCGGGGAAAGUGGCAUGUGGAGGAAAUGGUGCCAGCUUUUGCUUAAACACAUCGACCAAAAGAUUUUUCAAAUGGGGGGGUGGGUAGUAAUACUUAGAGAUGCAUUGGAUUGGGGAGCUAUUGGUGAUCACCAGAAAAUUGCAGCCAAUACUUUCCUGGGAGUUUCUGACCAAGACCCUUCUACACUUCUCUCUGUUUUAGCUUCUGAAUGGUUCUUCUUAAACCAUCUUUGAAAUAAUCCAGUGAACAAAAUAAUUGAUUCCUUUCAGGAUCGGUAGGUUUAGUUAACGGGCAAUAAUUUUGUUUGGGAACUGUUACCUGGAUGCAGGCUGCCUUCCCCUCCCACUGAACACUGAACCACAACAGGGGUUGAUAUUCCACUGUAAACCUCAUAUUUUGAACCACUUGGUUAUCAGAGUGAAGCUGGCUGUUUUUGACUCUGUCAGUAUUCCUUCCAGGAUGUGGGAGUUAGUUAGCCACUGUGAAUUGCCCUGGUGCAGAGGUAAGCGAUAGAAUCUAUAGAGAGUUGCUGGGAAUGAGUGGGGUGGGGCGGGGAAGAAUAGGUCAGAGCACUAACAUCUUAAUAUUGUUGCCAUGGACGGGUUAGUCCAUUUUUUUAAUUUAAUGAGAUUAAUCUGCUUCGCAUUUGUCUGCAUAAAAUGGCACAGGCAGCAACACUUUAAUCAGCACAUUAGUGAUGUGAUGCUCUUUCUAAAAGAAGUUUUUAGACUUGAUAUACAUAAUUUAUUAGUUUGGAAAUUUUUUGCGAGUACCUUUGCCUCUGUGGAUUGAGCAAAGCAUUUCACUUAACUAUAAGUGAUUUGGUUUUAUAUUAAGUGUUUAAAGCCUCUCUCGAUGUACUGUGAACUUGGUAAAUGCAUACGUGCCUCUCCCUUCUCCCCACCUUCACUGUAUUCUUUGACUAUAACCCAAUUUCUAAAGGGCUACUAAAUAUAAACAUUCCAUGGGAGCUCCCUCAAACAACCUGGGCUGUCCACCCUAAUAAAGGCCUGGAGUCACAGAAAUCUUCACAAAUUGCCUUGAUUCCAGCAUGCCGAAGCCCCCUCCCCACCAUCUUUGUCCCCAUGUUCUGUACUAUUGAAACGGCUUGAUUCAGAUACAGCUGCCUUGUACUGAAAAUGUAAAUGCACUAACUGAAUUGUGGAGUGCUCAGGAUCUCUCUCAAGCAAUUUUAUAUACCUCUCUGCUUACAAGAAAAAAAGGUUCCUGAGGAAUAACUUCUACUGAGGUACACAGUGUAUUUUUUCUUGAUUCUGUGUGUAAAAAAUAUAAAAGUGAAAACCUAAUUAUUUUAUCUAUGAUGUAAUGUAAAAAUGAAAACUGUAAACAGACACAUUCUGAAAUUUUUUUUUGUAAUUAUACUUUUAUUUAUCACUUGUUUUCUUGUUUUAGAUUAUAAGGCAACAUCUAAUUUGCCCUACAAUAAACAUUUACACCACAGAAUUGCUUCAAUCUC